AUGAGUCAUUUUGGCGGGCAUCUUUCCCACAAUGAAUUCUUUAACAAGCAUAUUCAUGAGUACUAUAGAUUCAUGUGCCAGUUGUGCAAAUAGUCCAUAUGUAAGGAGUGCAUGGAUCGACAUGAGGAUUUUUAUCACAAAAAUCUCAAAGAUCAAAGGCUUGAAUAAAUGGAUUUUAAAGACAGAUAUAUCAGAGAAUAUUUAGAAAUAGGUAAGAACGAGAAGCCUUAGUACAUAAGUUCUCUUGACUAAUCUUAUGGCAAGAAGGACCUCUAUCAUAUUAUGCAGCUUAUUAAAAAAGACUAAAUAAAUCAAGAGAGAUAACUUAGAACAUAAGUAGACUCAUUAUGCUAGAUAGUAAGGUAGAAACUUGAGGUACAUUUUAAGAGAGCUUUUGAUGAGAUUCACUCUGAUAAAGAGUUAUUAAGUUUUUCUAGAACCAUCAAGGAAAAGAUAGAUUAAGUUACCUAGACUCCUGAUGAUAACUAGAGAUUGAAGAUAUUCAAGAUACUUGACGAUUAUUUGCAAAACAAGAACACUAAAACAGUAAAUCUUUAAAAAGAGAUCAAGCAUAGGCUUGAAGAUAUUGUUAGUUUUGUAGAUGGAAAUUUGAAAAAUAUCAAGUCGCCUCAGUAAGCAUCUGCUCCACAGAGAAAUCAUAAGAAGAAGGAUGAUGUUUAACCUAAUUAAAAGAAGAUGAAUAAUUACUUCUCAUCAACUAUGUCAAACAAAGAUGAUUCAUGCAGAGAGAGUUCAGUUGAAAAAAGAUAAGUUUUAAGCGACAGAAUUAAUUUUAUCUAGAGAUAGGAGCAUUCAAAGGGAAUAAUAGGCAAAAGAGAGAGAGAGGAGAAAAAAUAAAAAGAAAAAGAUAAACCUAAAAAGCCCAGCAUUCGGAGUAAGAAAGAAAAGGAUUCAAAACAUAGGCAGUCCUCACUUCCUUAAAAAUUCGGAACUUUUUCAAACAAUGACAUUAGUUCAAUUGAGAUGGGAGAAAUUAGCGAUGGGGCUUCUUUUAUGACAAACUUCAAGAAAAGGGGUGCAGUAAAAAAGGAAAAAGAUUUAGAAGUUAUAUCUAUUAGCUCUAAGUUCGAAAGCGCUAUUAAGAAAAAUAAGAGAGAAUAGAAGCAAGUAGAAAAAAAGAGAUAGCAUAAAAAUCGCUAAAAUCUCACACCAAUGAAGAAACAAAAUUUUGAGUCUUCUGCUGAAGAAAUGCCCCCUAUCUCUGAAUAGGAAAUGAGAAUGGCAUUGUUCUAUAUGAAAUAAAAGGUGCUAAAACUUGUGCACUUGGAUAGUUAAAAACCAGCUUAUCUUAAACAAGAAGAGUUCUUUGAGGAGUCUAAAGAUAUUUAAAAGGUUAAUAAUUUACUUUCUAUUCUGAAUGUGGAACUUAAUAAUGAAAAGACUGGCUAAAAGGAAUUAAGACAUAUAAUUUUUGGAUUGAACAAAAAGUUUAACCAAGUUUUUGAAUUUUAAAGGCAAGAAAAUACUGAAUUCAUGAUAUACUAAGGACCUUUUAACAAAUUCUUCAACAAUUCGGCAAUAGUAAUUUAUGAAAAUCAAUUGAUCAUUACAGGAGGUAGUGGGGAUAUUUCAGAUAAAACCUAUGAGUAGACUUACCGAUACUUCUUAUCAAUAGAUCCAAGUACAGAUAGAGUACAUAUGGAACAUGAUAUUAGCUUUCCUCCACUCAAAAGCAAGAGAUCAGCUCACAAUGCUUUUGUAUACAGAGAUUAUUUGUUCGUUCUAUUCGGAAGUAAAGAUGAUAUCGAGUACUUAGAUCUAACUGAGCCUUUGGGUGAAUUUAAAGUUUUAAAAUUUUAAAAUCAGUUAAACCUGAUGAGACCAAUGAUUUUUAUCCAUAAGGAUAAUUAAGAGAAAGAAAAGAUCUAUAUAUUUGGAGGUAAUGUUCUUAGAAAGAGCAAAGUAAGCAAGAUAUAUGAGCUCGAGAUUAAGUUCUAAGUAGCAGGACAUUAGUUUUUUUAAUUUUAAGAGCCAGCAGAAGCUUAACUUAUUGAACACAAUUUUGAAGAAGGCUCAUAUGGAUCUUCUCAGUUUAAUCAGAACAUGCCUAAUAGGUAUUACUAUGAAGAUUAAAAGAUUUGGAUGUUCCUUGAUGAUUAGGGAUAACUAUUUAGCUUUGAUCUUGAGAAUAAGUAGCACAAGUCUAUUGAUGUUAAGGCUAUUGGAAAAAAUAAUGAUGACACCGAUUGA